AUGGCAAACCAAAUAUGGUUAUUACAUGUAGUGAUGAUCAUCACUGCUUUGUUUCUUUACUCAGCACCUAACGUCCAUGGCUGGGGUAUUGAAGGUCACACCAUCGUCUGUAAAAUCGCUCAGGCUAGGUUGGAUGAAACUGCAGCAAAGGCAGUGAAAGAUCUGUUACCUGAAUCUGCACAAGGAGACUUGUCAAGCUUGUGUGAUUGGGCUGACCGUGUCAAGUUCAGAUACCAUUGGUCUUCUCCUCUUCAUUACAUCAACACUCCUGAUGUUUGUUCCUACCAAUACACUAGGGACUGCAAGGACGAAGAUGGUGUGAAAGGAAGAUGUGUAGCAGGAGCCAUCUACAAUUACACUACACAGCUUCUUACUUACAACACUGCAGCUGCAUCGUCGCCACAAUGUACCCCCAAAAACUUACCACACCAACUCACUCAUCUUCUAUCUCCCUCACAUGUUCUCUUUUUCUUGUUUUCAGACAACUUAACAGAGGCCCUGCUCUUCCUGUCUCAUUUCAUGGGUGAUAUCCAUCAGCCUCUACAUGUGAGUUUUGCUUCGGACAAAGGAGGGAACACCAUCGAAGUGCAUUGGUACACGAGAAAAGCUAACCUUCACCAUGUUUGGGAUUCCAGCAUUAUUGAGACCGCUGAAGCAGAUUUCUAUAACUCCGAGUUAGACGGAAUGGUGGAUGCAAUCAACAAGAAUAUCACGACAGAAUGGGCAGAUCAAGUCACUAGGUGGGAGAUUUGCACAAGGAAGACAGCAUGCCCAGACAUCUAUGCUGCCGAAGGAAUUAAAGCAGCUUGCGACUGGGCAUACAAAGGAGUAACUGAAGGAGAUACUCUAGAAGAUGAAUACUUCUAUUCACGCCUACCGAUAGUGUAUCAGCGCUUGGCACAGGGAGGAGUGAGACUAGCAGCAACACUAAACAGGAUUUUCGGCCAAAGCUAA